AUGUCUGAAUCUAUUGAGCAAGUGCUCGCCAAGCUCCCGAGCGAGUACACCAAAAAACCCGUCCGCAUCGGUGUCAUCGGUGGCACGGGUCUCAGCAAGCUCGAGGGCUUCACCCCGGUGGCCGCGCUCCGCGUGAGCACGCCGUGGGGCGAGCCGUCGUCGCCAAUCCAGAUCCUCGAGCACGGCGACAUUGCCGUGGCGUUCCUGUCCCGCCACGGCCUGCACCACCAGCUGGCGCCGCACGAGGUGCCCAGCCGCGCCAACAUGGCCGCCCUGCGCCGCGUCGGCGUCCGCUGCGUCGUCGCCUUCACGGCCGUUGGCAGCCUACAGGAGCACAUCAAACCCAUGGACUUUGUGCUGCCCGACCAGGCCAUCGACCGCACAAAGGGCGUGCGCCCUUUCACCUUUUUCGACGGUGGCCUCGUCGGCCACGUCGGCUUCGCCGAUCCCUUUGACGAAAAAGUCGCCGCCGUCAUCAAGACCUGCGCCGAUGCCAUGUCGGGCGACGGCGUCGUGCUCCACGACAAGGGCACCGUUGUGGUCAUGGAGGGACCUCAGUUCUCGACCCGCGCCGAGUCGCACAUGUACCGCUCGUGGGGCGGCUCCGUCAUCAACAUGUCCACCCUGCCCGAGGCCAAGCUCGCUCGCGAGGCCGAGCUCGCCUACCAGCCCAUCUGCAUGGCCACCGACUACGACUGCUGGCACUCGAGCGACGACGUCGACGUCGCCAUGGUUAUGGGAUUCAUGGCCGCCAACGGCGCCAAUGCGAGGCGUCUCGUGGCCGCCGUCCUCGACCGCCUGGCCGAGGCGCAAAACGCCGACGUCGUCAACGCCAAGCACCUCGAGGGCGCCUCGGUCGGCGCUGUCAAGUUCAUGACCAAGCCCGAGGGCCGCAGCAAGCAGGCCCUUGAGAACUUUGAGUUUCUCUUUCCCGGCUCCGCCUCUGUCCUGAACAGCUAG